UCUUGUGACUUAUCGUAAGAUUCGGAAUCGAGCAAACAUGUUGUACAGGGCACUUCUACUUUCUAUUUUUCUGUUAUUGUGUUAUGCGACUUCACCAUCAUUAUCAACUGGGAUUGGAGAUUUAAUGGUCAGAGGAAGAAAUGGUGGAAUAUCAUGUGCAGCAUGUACGGUCGUCAUGAUUUUGACGGAGCAGGUUUCUGUGAUACACAAUGAAACCAUCAUACAUUCCCUGGAGCGACUGUGUAACUACCUCCCGGACAAAUACAGGCAGCAAUGUCGGAUAUUCACAGAGUUCUUUGGAGGAAUUCUCAUAGCGAGAUUCACAGAAGAAGACAACCCUGAUACAUUUUGCCAUAAGAUCAGAUUCUGUUACACCGAGUCAGAUAAGCAGGAAUGCCGCGCCUUUCCAAAAACCGGGUCUAGAAGUUCACGAAAUGUUCAUUCGGGAAUCUUCAAAGAAUUGUUCAGUUCCGAAAUGAAGCAAGAAACAUACCAGAUACACCAAGAUACUAAGAUUUGUGAAUUACCUGGAAUAAAAAUUAUUUGUAAUUGGAUAGACAAGAUAUUGGACAAACAUGUCCCUGUUAUUGACUUGGAUGGUGACAGAUACAGUACAUUCCAGGCACUGCGGGGGAGCUCUUGGAGGGGAAAGGACUGUGAUGAUUCUAGAAAAGACAUACACCCAGGAAGCCGGCCAAUCCAGUCAGACAGGGACAAGGAUAGUAAUUGCAAUGGUAUCAUGGGAGUAGAUCCCGUCAGCGGCCAGCCAUACGAGGACCUGUACUGCAAGGAUAGCCAAGCGAGGGGCGUGGUUGUCCUAGGCGACUCCAUCAGUGCACACUUCCACAUCCCCAGGGAGUGGCUCAACGCUACAGAAAUAUCAGCAGCAGUUUUUAAACCUUUACCUUUCAUAUUGGGGAACGAAUUUAAUUGGCCAGAAUUAUCUUCUAUCACAGGUUACAUGAACAACACUUACACCAAUGUAAAUCAUGGCCCUAUGAACUCGGUCUAUGACUAUCUGUGGCAGAGGAACCGCUGUAACCACAGGGAUUAUCAAAACCUUGCUGUCAAUGGUGCCAGAUCAUGGUCAGUGGCUGACACAAUUGAGAAAAGCAUUUCUCGUAACCAGAUAACAGAUAAUCCUGUCACACUUUUCUACGCCUUAGUUGGAAUGGAUGUUUGCAAUCCGCUUACAGACACAGUUGCUUACAUGACAACACCAGAAGAAAUGAAGAACAACUCCAUUAUAACUUUGCAGUUUUUGGAGAAAACCCUGCCUGCUGGGAGUCACGUUUUUCUUGUAGGUUUGGCAGAAGGUAGGGUCCUCUAUGACAGUCUUAAGGACAGAGUACACCCAAUUGGUUCUCUAAGGAAUGACGUCACUUACUCCCACUUCUACGAUUACUUUAACUGCUUAGAGAUAUCUUCUUGCCGAGGUUGGAUGAAUACUAACGAGACUAUAAGAAAUAUGACAACACAGAGAGCCGAGCAGCUGAGUAAUGUACUGAAGGAAGUGGCACAGACUGAGGCAGCCAAGUACCACAAUUUUAAACUCGCCUACUUGGAAAAUCCUGUUUUCAAAGUUUUUGAACAUUGGAGAAAUCUUGGACGUCCCCUUUGGGAGCUGCUUGAACCAGUAGACGGUUUUCACACAAACCAGCUUGGCCAGGCACUCACAGGGCAGGUGCUAUGGCAGAUCCUGGAAACUGAAUAUCCCGAUGCCAUCGGUCCCAUCAACCCAUUUAACAACAAGAUCAAAGCCAUUUUUGGAGACCAAGAAGGCUAUUGAGCACGUGAACAACAUCUGGAAGAGAUAUACACGUUUUCUGUGAUUAAUCUAUUGUAUUAGCUUAUUGUUUCCCAACACAAAAUUUCUGUGAAAGGUCAUUCUAUUUUAUCUUUUCCUUAUCGGAUAUAUUUUUCAACUGUUCACAAUCGAACCUUUGAGACCUAUAAUGUACGCUGUAAUAUGUGAUAAACAAUAUUUAAUUUAAUAUGACAUUAUUUCUAUAGUAGAUGUUGCCAAUGCUUGCCGUAUAUAGCAUGAUUUUAAGGAAAGAUAAACCCUUAACUUGGUAUAUGAGAUUUUAUAUACCAAGGUAUUUUCAUAAACGAAUAAUACAUAUAGGAUAAUAUUAUCAAUGUAAAAGUGAUAUCAUUUGAUAUGAAUAUAUAGUUCACUUUGUGAUGGUAGACGAAAGUGAGUAAGAUUUAAUAUUUGGUUACUUUAUGAUAAAUAUGAUUGACAUGCGUGUGUUAUAGACACAUUUUUGUAAUGUACUUGUUUUUGUUAUGUCGUGCAGCUGAUAAAAAUACCACUGACAACCUAGUACAUAUGUACUGGAGCUGAAGAGCCAAUUCUUGCCAUAAGAUAAAACCAUGACUUUGUUUUAUGUAAGAAUUCGCAUUAACUAAGUAUGAUCAUUUUAAGUUUCUUUAACUGUAGAGCGACAAAGAUUAGGUCCAAAAACAUUUUAGAUAACAUUGAAACGAAGAAUAUCGAUCACAGCGAAAAUAAAUGUGUUUAUUCAGUUUAACAGUUCUUGAUAUGAAGUGUUUAUGACAUAGCUGAAUGGUUGAAUUUCAAUACUUGUAAAACUCGUGACUAUAUGGGAAAAUGUAUUUGGAUUUUUUUUAGUGUUCGUUUAAUUUCUUAUUUACGAAUCCUCUGUCAUUUCAGGCUACAAAUCGAUCACACAUUGAUGGAACUUUAAUAGGACAUGUACAUGACAUGUAAAAAAGGAGUUCUGGGUAGAUUCAAUUAAGGAUUAACCUUCAUUUUGACUGCGUAUACGGUAUUAUGAACGCAGUUGGCAACGAACAUAUUCUAUGGAGCGCGUAACGUGCGUAAAUCCAAACAAAUGAACAGCCUACAGCCCGCGAGCAGCGAUGGAUCUCCAACGUUACCAUUAUGACGUCACAAUGUAAAUUACGUCAUCAAUAGGAAGCAAUGGUCUCCAAGGAAUUUCACUGCGUAUACGGUAAUGUAUACGCAGUCACGGUUACACAACUUCAAUGGGAGCGAAUGUAAAUAUAACGUUAUGCAACAUGAUAGGAAAGACUAGAUUUGCUGUUAUGUGUUAUAAUGGGAAAACUGGGAAAUGCGUGUUAAAAAAUGUUUCAAUGUGAAAACUGUACACAUUAUAAGGAGAAAAAAAAUUAAUAAUGUGUAGGUUAUAGAUCAUAUGGGGGGAGAACUGCUGGGUAAUCAUGUGUAAAUUAUACAAUUAUAAGGUGUGUAGUUGUGUUAAUGUAUGCAUGUUCAGCUUUUCAAUAAAUCAUUAAGAAUGCCUUAUCUUUUGGAUACUGUGGUGCAGUAUACUCUAAUACUGUACAUGUUAUAGUUAUGUACAGUAUACUCUAAUACUGUACAUGUUAGGGUUAUGUACAGUAUACUCUAAUACUGUACAUGUUAUGGUUAUGUACACUGUAACAACAGUUCCAUGGACUCUUAAAUUGAAAUACAUUUAUAUCAGGGAUCAGAUUUUAUUGCUAAGAUUUUGUUAGAAAAACGAUAUUUUGCUAGUUCUUAUAUAUCUUUUUAUCUUUUAUUUACUACAUUUUUUGUUAUGAAAUUGCAUUUUGUAUAAUUUGUUUUACUAUUAUAAAUGUUCAUUGAUUUUCUUGCCUAAACAAAACACUCAUUUGAUUCCUAAUUCCUAUCUGAUAUAGAAUGCACUGUUUAGGAAAAGCUUGCAGGUUUUUGAUUCAUGAUAGUGAUAACUAUUUGACAUUAUUUCGACCAAUUGUAUGCAAAUGUAUCUGGUAAACGAUAUGAGUGCUACAUUAAUGCACGUAUUAUUAUUGUAUCAUUUCAGUCAUAUUUAUAUCAAUAAAUUGUUAAUGUUUCAUGUCCCUUUUUUAUCUCCACGAAGUCGUUUUAUAAUUAUCUUAUACUAUGUUAUAUAUCGUUUUCUUUGAAACUCUGCAUUAAAAUACCUUCAAA